GUUGGUUACUAGCUUUCCUCAUCGUGAUAACGUGCUCAGAAGCUUUUAAGUAUCGUAAAGCAAAACACGCACAUACGAUUUUCAAGAAUGUCACUUCAAGACAUCAUGACAAAAGGACUUCAAGACAUCAUGACAAAAGGACUGCACUUCCUGACUUGUUCACUAGAGAUUUGCAAGCCAAGUGGCUCGCAAGAUUGGGCAAAACUCUUUGCCUCGAUAUGUCUACAUCAUUGACGCCUCAGGCGAGUACAGCGUUUGAUCCUAAAGCCGUCGUUCAAAGCCUGGUUGAUCUCCUGAAAGAGGAGCCUGGAAUCGACCCUAAAUAUUAUGAAGGGAUAGCCGAACUGAAGGAUGACCCUGAUUUUGAAAGAGUGACAAGACAGUUUGACGAGGCCGUCAGAGGAGAAAGAAAUAUGAUCAAUAUUGGAAAGGACUUACCGGAAUUACAGACAACAGAAUCUAAUGGCAUCUUAGAUGUCGGUCUGAGAGGUGAAGUGAUUACUGGAGAAGAGUCGGCGACAGAAAAUGACUUGAUAAGAUACAGUAACUACAUAUCAGGAGCAGGAUCAACCUUUGGUGGUACGAUGGCUGGUCUUCCUCAAACUAUAAAAGACCUAACAGAAGGUGCUAUGGCAGGAUUGAGUUAUCAACACGAUAAACUGGCUUACAAACUAAAGCAAGGAAUCACCGUCGAUGUCCUUAGACAAGAAAAUGCUGAUGCAAUGAUCAAAAAUAAUAUCCAACCUGAAGUCGAACUGCGUCUAGAAAGAACUGGUAUGGUCGAUAUCCAAGAUGUAGUUGUUUCAGAAUCAUUUGACAAGAUUAAGAACCUUCCAGGAACUGGACCCGAUGUAGAUCAAACAAAAUUGACCCAGCAGAAUUUUAAUACCCAAAAGAAAGCGGGAAUACAAAGAGGAAGGUUAAAAUCGACAAGGAUUGGCGAUAAACUUGCAUCGGGGAUUGGUUUUGGAGUCGAGAGUGCUACAACGGGUUUUACAUUAGCACAGGGAGGAAUCGAUAUAAUCGCAGGAAAUGAUGUCAUAAAUAAAGCAAAAGAUUCAAGAAAGGAAAACGAUAUUGAUGACACACAAUACAAUGAGAUGAUGAGAAAUGGUAGACUGCGAGUUGCCCAAGGAACGUUUGGUCUCGCUAGUGGAAUGAGAAAUGUUGUGCAGUUUGCUGGAAAAAGAAUUGAAAAAAAUAUCAUCGACAAAUUAACACAGGCUGGUACAGACACCUUAGAUCAGCUCAAAAGGUUCGGAUCUGUUGUUGGCGGAGUCAUUUCAGUUGGAACUAGCAUAACCUCAAUGACAAAGAAUGCUAUUGCUGCAAGUGACGCUUCAAAACAAGGACUGACAGGGAAAGCCAUAGURUAUGGUGUYAUGGCAGCGGUUGAUGGRGUYACAGCUAUUCUUGACGGWGCAAGUGUGGYGUUAGAUUUUGUAUUYCCACCUCUAUCAGCAAUUGUAGAUCUUGUSAGCACCGUCUUACAAGUCAUYAACACAAUUCUCGGUUUCUUAGCYGACUUGGUCGACUKGCGAACAACUGCACAGCGGGUWCGCGACGAGUUUGCACAGUAUACAUCGUCYAAAGCAUUCAAUGACUAUAUUGACAAUAUGGAAAAAACAUACAAGGAUAGAGGUCUUCCAUCUGGUACUGGCCAAGUAAUCAAUGUUGGAAAUGGUGCAAAUGUUGUUCUUGCCAAGACAAGAGGUAAAACAUACAAACUCGGUGACCAAUCGUCUGGAAGUUUCAUUGUCGCUGACAAGUUUACUGGGGGCUCAGACAAAAAUACCAUCGUCGAAGGAGGAAGUGAUUAUAAGAAUCUCAAUACACUGGUUGUCGGAGUUGGAUCUGGUGGAGUGGUAAACAAUCACUUGGGUCCACAUGCGGUUAUCGUUACCGGUGCUACACUGGACGAAUUACACUUCAAGUGUGGAAAUACUAAGUGUAUCAAGGACUCCCAGCAAAACCUCAUUAUUGAUUCAUGGUAUUCAUCUAAUUGCAAGAGGCUGCUCUUCAAGAAAGAAGGAAAAACACAGAUUGUAGUAAACGGUGAAGACUUUCUAACUGGAUCAUAUAAUCCUCCCAUCAUCAUUUCUCACGGUACCGAUUUAAAACUUAAGCUUGAACUCCCAUUAGAAAAAGACGACGCAGUUAUUGAUUUUCACGACUUCAAAGGCUUUCUGUGGAUCAUCUUCAAACAUCCGAAUAUAAGAGAUAUCACCUUCUGGUACCAACCGUACUUGGCUAUUGAGGCAGAAGAACCGCAAUCUAAACAAAUUGAUGCCCAGGUUGUAGUCAAUGCUGUCAAGACCCGGUUCAAAUCUGGAUUAAAGUUCACUGGUGCUGGUGGUGAUAUUCCUAAUAAUCAGAUCUGCCAGUUUGUCAUUGAUGCGUCAAGAAGAUCAAGGCCAAGGCCAGGGCCAAGGUCAUUUACCAUUGCCAAUAUAGAUGACGUAUCAUGUUGA